CGUGCUCUGGCAUUGAUCUUGGAAGAACUAGGCAAUGGCAUAUUGCUGAGUGACACGUGACGUGAGCCUUGCUUCUCAUGGACGCUAAUGUCCCUGUGUGCUCUGCGCACAUACACGCACACAGACACAUGAACGCGCACACACACACACACACUUAGUGUCAUGUCUUGCCAGCCAGGAGAGCGACAGGAGGAGGUGUACCCUGUUGUUCAUAAAUAUGGCGUAAGUUUCCAUACAUCGACCUUAAAUUUUCCUUUAAAUGCUCCGGAUAUGUUACAAGACAUUGACAAAUGAUGUUAAUUUCAAAUGCUUAUAUCACUGACUUAUAUCACAGUAGUUUAGCCAGGAUAUUCUCAUUUCAAAAGCAGAGGUGUAGCCCACAACUGAUAUUGUUUACAUUUGAUAUUUGAUAAAAGUUCCCAAUCAGGGAGAGGAGGGCUCUAAAGUAUUCAGAAUUUGGGUGGAUAUUUUAUUUAACCCAUUUUGGCCAUUUUUGUCAAUUUCUUACAUAUGCAGGGUUUUACCUCCAUAGAGAUUUCGGUGGUGGCUGCCACCGCGUUAUUUCUUGCCGCCACCACCUCACGAUGAGGAAAUCCAAAAAUAAAUACUUCAAGCGCUGUCUGUCGGGUGCGCUGGUUUAUUCUUUAUUAUAUUUAUAUAUGAUUUUGAGGAUGUGUAGAACGUCUUCAUUGUGCACAAUUUUGUGGAAGUGACGUCAUCGAUGUCUUCUGUCAACCCAAAGCUAUCUAGAGCUAACCUCAGGCUAGUUUGCUAAAAAAAUGUAAAAGCCCUGGAAGACAACCAAGCCGCUCCAAGUCAACAAGGGAUAGCACUAGCAAUGUAUAACUACAUAUUGGUGAAAAGAAGACGUGUUGUUACUGAUAAUGUUUUAUUUAGGCUGAAAUGUUACUGGCCCUGACCUCUACCGUUUUGCUGGAAUAGCACUCAUUGAGAUGGAUGUAAAUUUCUUGCGAACGACAUCAGGUGACUCCAAACUUCUCCAGAGGACCAGCCGGAGCCCUCAUGUGUCCCAGAGGGGAAGCCACAGCCCUCGUGUGUCCCAGAGGGGACUCUGCAGCCCUCGUGUGUCCCAGAGGGGACUCGGCAGCCCUCGUGUGUCCCAGAGGGGGACUCGGCAGCCCUCGUGUGUCCCAGAGGGGAAGCCGCAGCCCUCAUGUGUCCCAGAGGAGAAGCCGCAGCCCUCACGUUUCCGGGUGGCGGAGCAGGUCCCAGAGGAGCAGGUCCCACGGAUCUCGCAGGGAAAGCAGCGCCCACGUCACCGGGAGGCGGAGCAGCGCCCAUGGUUCCGGGAGGCGGAGCAGAUCCCAGAGGAGCGGAUCCCGCAGUGGGAGUGGAUCCAGCUUGGGGAGCAGCCCCAACGUUUCUGGGAGGGUAACCAGGGUCAGCCCAGCAAGACAGAGUCUGACCCCGAGAAACCCCUGUGGGUCCCCCACAAGUGGCCUCAGCAUGAGCCUACUUGACGGCAGCCCCACCCCGUCUCCUGGCCACAGAGCAGCCCAGUUACUGCGUGGCCAAAGUUUAGCCCCCCAAAACAUUGCUAGAGCAAUGUUCCUCACACUAGUGACAUUGCUAGAAGUGAAGGACAUACUGAAGCUGCAUGGGCAGAUGCUAAACACACUGCUCAAAAAAGAUUCCAUGCCAGUCAUGGCAAUACCGGAUGGCGCUGUUUUCCCCCUGGCCAACGUUGAGGACGUUAUCUCCAUGAAUGAGAAGUUCUCAGACCCUGAAUUCAUGUCUGCAGUGGUUGCCAUGGUUGCAGACAUAGGGGGUUCCUCACUAGAAGAUGCCACCAGGAGGAUGAUGAAGUUCCUAAUGGUGCCAGAACUGCAACGGCAGUACAACGUGACUGGACGGAUGGGCAAGCUGUGCUUCAAAGAUCUGCGUCUUUUUGAAGUUUUCUAUUGUGCACUGAAGAGUAAUGCAAUGACUCAAAAUGUGAACCGCAAAGAAGUGGAAAUGGCGCUGGGGAAGUGGUUUACCAGCGCACGUGACCAUGGAGGGGAGAGGGCUGCAAGAGCCCAAAGAGAAAAUGGAGCAUCCACCACACAGACGCCAUGAGUGUAUUUUUUGGAGAGAUGUUUUUUUUUCAGAGAUUUUUUUUAAAAUAUAUUUUUUAUUUAUUUACCGGUAUGUCGUGACAUUUAAAUUGUUUUUUAAAGAUUAUGUUUGUUGUUCGAUGUAAAAAUUUUGUAUUAAUGUAUUUUUUGGAGAGAUGUUUUUUUUUCAGAGAUUUUUUUUUUAAAUAUAUUUUUGAUUUGUUUACCGGUAUGUUGUGACAUUUAAAUGAUUUUAAAGAUCAUUUUUGUUCAAUAUAACAAUAUAUUUCUUGCAGUUCAAAGUGUCAAGUGUCUUGUAUUUAUCUUGGACUUAUAUUCAUUCUUCGUUUUUAGUUUUUCUUAGAUUGUUUCCUUAAACCAUUUGGCAUGGUUGGGCUUAGAUAGGCCUUGCAUGAAUUGCCCAGUUAUGACCCACAUAAGAUCCUUACAGAGCCCACUUUAAGCCCAUAGGGGCAUUCACGGUCGAAUACUGGUGCAAGCCCACUUUAAACCCCUUUAGGCAGGUGGGGCCCAAAUGGGUCUGACAUGAAUUACCCAGUUAAGACCCACAUAAGACCCUUACAGGUCCCACUUAAAACCCAUCUGGGAAUCCACGGCUGGCCCCCUGUGUGGAUCCCAGGUGCAAACCCAUUUUAAACGCCCUUUAAGCAGGUGGGGCCCAAAUGGGUCUGUCAUGAAUUGCCCGGUUAAGAUCCCACAUAACACCCUUAUAGAUCCCUUUUAAAGACCAUCUGGGCAUCCACGGCUGGAUCCUGGGUGCAAACCCACUUUAAACCCCUUUGAGCAUGUGGGGCCCCAAUGGGUCUGGCAUGAAUUGCCCAGUUAGGACCCACAUAAGACUCUUACAGAGCCCAUUUAAAGCCCAUCUGGGUAGCCAUGGUUGGAUCCCUGGUGCAAGCCCACUUUAGACCCAUUUGGGCAGGUGGGGCCCAAAUGGGUCUGACAUGAAUUGCCCAAUUAAGACCCUUGCAGGUCCCACUUUUAGUACGUCUGGGCUUCCACGGCUUGCCCCAAUGUGGAUCCCGGGUGCAAGCCCAUAAUGGGGCCCACAUUUGCCGCCCAUGAAGCCCUCAUCUGGGCCCCACAUGUCAUUGCUGGCUGGGUUGGUUUCUCACUCAUGUGUUCAUUCUUGAGCCUUUGUACCAUGUUCCUCCAGUGAUCAGCGCUCAAGUUAAGUCUCAUCCUUGUACUUUUUUGACCCUUGUGUCUCUUUUGUUUCUCUGAUUUGUGGAAGCUCUGCUUUCCCAGUUUAUUUGUACU